AAAAAGAAGUAUAAAAAAAGCUUGUUUUUUUGGGUUCAUUUUGUAGUGUUGAGGAAAAAUACUUUUAUUUUGGCUAUAUUGUGAGGCUGUGGUGUUUCCUCGGAAUAAAGCAUACUUUUUGGUUUUGUGCUUUAAAGUUGAAGUAUUUGGGGUGUGUGGUUCUUGUUCUUUUGUAUGCUCUGGAUGAAAUAAAAGCUCAGCUUCUCUCCUUGGUAAUCUCUUUCUCUCUCUAAUGAAAACGUGUAGCAUAGCAUGCCCUUGUGCAUUUUGAUGAGGCAUUGGAUUCUGUCUGCUGAUUCUUUUUAGAGUGAGUUUGUCUCUCAGGAAGACCUUAGAUUGCUUUUUUUGCUUGUCUAUACUAUUUUUCUUGGUAAAUAGGUUGAUAAAUUGAAUAAAAUGAAGUUGAGAGACUUAUGAGAUGAUGGGUUUGGCCUGCCUUUUAGUGAAGAUGUGUUCUUGAUUUGAUAUGGCAAUGGUGAAAGUGAAAGGAUGUGCUAAGAUUCUAAGAAUUUCCCAACUGGUAAAUGUUGUGGCCCUUGGGCUACAUACAAGUUAUACGUAGAUAACAAUGGAGGGUUCAUCUGAAUCUGGCUGGGAGGGAUCAGAUAAUUAUAGGGGUUUAAAUUCUUCAGCUCUUAUGGACAGGAAUCCUAGAUUUCAAACAAGCAGCAUUAGGUCCUCCAAUGAUGUGUUGCAUGAUUCUGGGUUUGUUCCAGGUAGAAAGGGGAGGGAGAGAAUUGAGUUCCCUCCCAUAAAUUGUCUUAAAGCCCAAGGUGGGGUUGCAGAGGAUAGGCUCACUGUAGACCGAGGUGGUCGUGGAACAGACUAUAGUGGUGUUAGUUUGAGGCAGUGGCUGGACAACCCAGAGAGGGCUGUUGAUGCUCUUGAAUGUUUGCACAUAUUCACCCAAAUUGUGGAGAUUGUAAACCUGGCACAUUCACAGGGAAUAGUUGUUCAUAAUGCACGACCAUCAUGUUUUGUCAUGUCCUCUUUCAAACGUAUUGCGUUCAUUGAAUCCGUAUCCUGCUCGGAUUCAGGUUCAGAUUCAUCAGAUGAUGGUUUAAACAGCCAAACUGUCGAGUUAAAGGAUUCAUCCUCAGUUUUGCCUCAUGAGUCGGGGAGUCAAAGUUCUCAGCUUGAGAAGAUUUCUGUUAAAGCUUCUACUGGAUUAUCUGAAAACUGUUGCUUGCAGUCAAGCUCAGGCGAUAUGGUUCAGACUUUAGAAGCUAGUAUGAACAGACAAGAAGAAGAAAAGCAGCACACCUUCCCAAUGAAACAGAUGUUGCUCAUGGAAACCAAUUGGUACACGAGUCCAGAAGAAAUUGCUGGUGCCCCAAGCUCUUGUGCUUCAGACGUUUACAGACUUGGAGUCCUUCUCUUUGAGCUAUUCUGCACCUUUAGCUCACCAGAAGAGAAAAGCACAACUAUGCAUAGUCUGAGACACCGUGUCCUCCCUCCUCAGUUGCUGUUGAAAUGGCCUAAAGAAGCUUCAUUUUGCUUAUGGUUACUGCACCCCGAGCCGAGCAAUAGGCCAAAAAUGGGUGACUUGCUAGAAAGCGACUUCCUUAAUGCUCCAAGAGAUGAGUUUGAAGAACGUGAAGCAGCAAUACAGCUUAGAGAAGAAAUAGAGGAGCAAGAGUUAUUGCUGGAAUUCCUUUUGCUAAUUCAACAGCGAAAGCAGGAGGCUUUGCACAACUUGCGUGAGAUUGUAUCUUUUUUAUCAUCUGACAUAGAAGAGGUCUCAAAGAUGCAGAAAACCUUCAGAGACAAAGGGGAUUCAAAUCAGGAGCCAGUAAAGGAUUCAGGUUCGGGGAAGAUAAAUAUUGCUGAAGAUGAUGAAGCUGGAUGCUUUGGAUCUAGAAAGAGAUUUAGGCCAGGCCUUUCGAUACACACAGCUGAGGAAUACAAUGGCAAUCCAGAUGAGUCUGAGAAACAUGUCGAAAACAAAGGGAGCGUUCUAGCAAAAAAUUCCCGGUUGAUGAAGAACUUCAGGAAAUUAGAGGCAGCUUAUUUCAUGACAAGACGUAGGGUUAUCAAACCGACUGGCAAACCACUGAAUAGACAUUCUCAGGCAAGUACGGAUUGUAGAACUUCAGUUCUGGCACCCGAAAGAAGUUCAUUGAGUAAUUUGUCAUCCAAAGAGGGGUGCAAUGAGGAUAGACAGAAUGGAUCGAUCAAUUCAUUCCUGGAGGGACUGUGCAAGUAUCUAUCUUAUAGCAAGCUGGAAGUGAAGGCCGACUUGAAGCAAGGGGAUCUUCUAAAUUCUUCCAAUCUUGUAUGUGCUCUAGGCUUUGAUCGUGAUGGUGAAUUUUUUGCAACUGCUGGUGUAAAUAAGAAGAUCAAAGUUUUUGAAUAUAAUUCAAUUGUUGAUGAGGACCGCGAUAUCCACUAUCCAGUUGUUGAAAUGGCUAGUAGAUCUAAGCUAAGCAGCAUAUGUUGGAAUGGCUAUAUUAAAAGCCAGAUCGCUUCAAGUAACUUUGAAGGUGUGGUGCAGGUAUGGGACGUCACAAGAAGUCAGGUUUUCAUGGAAAUGAGAGAACAUGAAAGGCGUGUCUGGUCUGUUGACUUUUCUGUAGCAGAUCCAACCAUGUUGGCUAGCGGGAGUGAUGAUGGUUCUGUCAAACUCUGGAAUAUCAAUCAGGGAGUAAGUGUUGGAACCAUCAAAACAAAAGCCAAUGUCUGCUGCGUUCAGUUCCCCUUUGAUUCUGGUCGCUCCCUUGCUUUUGGUUCAGCAGAUCACAAGAUAUAUUACUAUGAUCUACGAAACUCAAAAAUGCCUCUAUGCACAUUAAUCGGGCACAACAAGACUGUGAGCUAUGUCAAGUUCAUAGAUUCCACAACACUUGUGUCUGCAUCUACAGAUAACACGUUAAAGCUAUGGGAUUUGUCAAUUUGCACAUCCCGGAUUGUUGAUACACCUCUUCAGUCAUUUACUGGACACAUGAAUGUAAAGAACUUUGUUGGCUUAUCUGUAUCUGAAGGUUACAUUGCUACUGGCUCAGAGACAAAUGAGGUCUUUGUGUAUCACAAAGCUUUUCCUAUGCCUGCAUUAUCAUUUAAAUUUAAUAGCACAGAUCCUCUAUCUGGUGAUGAAGUGGAUGACCAAGCACAGUUUAUCUCAUCUGUUUGUUGGCGUGGUCAGUCCUCUACCUUAGUUGCUGCGAAUUCUAUGGGAAAUAUCAAGCUGUUGGAGAUGGCUUAAUGUGGUCCAUGAUCUCCAAAGGUUUGGAAGUUGCCUUCGGGAUAAAAAGACGUGAAAGGUAAGGGUUCUACAUUGAUGAAUGAAUGGCUUGCUGUGAAGAGGUCAGCUAGAUGGGAUACAUAGAGAUUGCCAUCAUCAAGAAACCAAGAUUUUUGCUAGUAGUAAUCAUAUAGUGGAAGUAGACUCAACUGGAAAUAAGAGAACAUAUAUUGGUCUAAGUGUGAAAUGCUGUAUAUAAAAGGGAAAGGAUGCAAAUAUGAAUUUCUCUGUAUAUUCUGUAAUUUCCAGAGUUCAAAUGAAUUUUCUUGAAGGAACUGUGUGAAUGUGAUCUCCAGAAAAUUCUAUGUUUUGGUCUGUGGAAGCAAUUUGGCAGAAAAAUACAAACAGCAUUUAGAAA